AACCCAAAUAUGAUUUUGGAAAAUUCAAUCAUUUUUGUUACAGGAGGAGUCUCCGGAUUUGGAAGACAUCUUGUUGAGCAUUUAUUGCUCCAAGGAGCCAGAGUAAUCAUCGCUGAUAUUUCAGACAAAGGAGAAGAGAUGGCAAAAGAAAUAGACCAAAACUAUUUCCUCUUUGUCAAGUGAGAUGUAACUCAGAAAUUCCAAGUGAAGGAAGCCAUGUAUCAUGCAUAUUCUCUUUUCGGACAGAUAGAUGCUGUCAUUAACUGUGUUGGACUCUUCAGUGUCGAUCCAACUGUAGUGAGAACUUCACUAAGUAAAUUUUACACUGCUCCCAGAGGUUACUUUGCAAAUUUCCUAGGAUCUCUUUAUUCAACUUACUAUUUCACUCAACUAAAGUCUGAAGGCCCUGGAUCUUGUGAAGGUGUUAUUCUGAAUAGGAGCUAG